UCUCUGGAUGGAUGAGCCCUCGCAUCGGAGUCACCACCAUUACAUCAUCUCUUCCCACGCAGCCGAACACGGAAUGAGAGCUUUUUAAUGUUUGACCGGGAUCCCGAUCAUUCGGACUGAGCGGCAGACGGCCCGCUCUCCGUAGCGGACGCGGUGGGGAUUAUUAGAACGCGUCCACAGUGUCUGCUGGGGAUGGUGGCGUUUCAAUGAACGGGGAGGAGAGGAGGGGGAGAGGAGGAGAGACGUGCACCGUCAUCAGCAUCUGUCCGCCAGCUCCCUUUGUGUUCACCGGAGAAUGUGAAUGGCGAAAGAUGACAUGGCAGAGGUAGAUUUGGCACCGAACGGAGCGGAACCCCCCGGCGAGCCCUCCUCGGUGUUUCCCUACGAGGAGUUCGAAUGCAAAAUCUGCUACAAUUAUUUCGACCUUGACCGCCGGGCUCCUAAGAUCCUUGAGUGCCUGCACACGUUUUGCGAGGAGUGCCUGAACACGCUUCACCUCCGGGAGGAGCGGCCAUGGCGCAUCAGCUGCCCCGUCUGUCGUCACCGGACUCCGGUGCCGGAUUAUCGGAUACAAAACCUGCCCAACAACACCAAGGUGACCGAGGAUUUUCCGCUCUACAUCGACUCGGAUCCCCUGCCUCAGGACGCGUUGCCGCCGUACCCUCCCCCGCUGCACCCAGCUCUUGUCGCCCUCCGCCGGGAGGAGGCGUCGGGGGCGUCCAGCGCAAGCCAGGCGACCCCGUCCACCACCGUGUCCACAGCCACGACCCUCUCCCAGGACUCGGCGCGCUACGACAGCUGUCAGAGCUGCAAGAGAGUGGCGCUGACCACCGGCUGCGUCUGCGUGAUCUUCUCCUUUCUGUCCAUGCUGGUGUUGCUGUUCAUGGGCCUGAUCUUUGUGCACAGUCACAGCAUUCCUCCCUCGCCGGCGGGACCCAUUUGCUUGUCGGUAGCCAGCAUCCUGGCCAUGUUCUCGGUGGUCGUCACAUGGCUCAUCUGCUGGCUCAAAUACAGACCGGACCAUGAGACCAGCCGCUCAUCCGCCACCAGUAACUCCCGGAGAAACGCCUGAUAGGCUGCAGGCUCUGACUAUUGAUGAAGGUGUACUGUGGGUGUGUGAUUAUGUACAUAUUACUGACAACCAAUAGGCCUACUCCUGCUCCCUUUACUUUUUCUAGGAAUCAAUCUCGUCCAAAAUGGCCUUUUUAUCAGUACAGCAAACACCCAAAGGCCUUCAUGUUGUUUGGAGCAAUAGGCCGACAUGAUCCUUGAUAAUCUUUUCCUCAAGUUAUGCACUUGAAUUAAAGUAGGCCCAGUUGACUGGGCGUCUUGAUGAGUCCAAGACUUCGAUCCCUGGUGUUGGUCUAAGCUGUGGUGGGUUUGAUGACUGAAUGUGAAGUGCUUAUUUCCAGGGUUCGAUGCCCUCCCCACCCUAUCCUGUUAAAUAAUAUGCAUAUCCCACUAUGCCACUCACUGUAUGAUAACUGUCAACGAUGAUUCACUCUUAAAUCUCAACCAAGCACUAUUGUAUUGUACAGAUAUUUGGCAUUGUUCACGUCUGAGUUUUCGGGUGAUGGAUUUUGGUUUUUAUGAAGGCCUGUAUGUUUAUGUGAAGCCUCUAAAAUGUCAUUCCGUUACAAAGAAGUCGUUUCCACAAUCCGACCUGUAAAUAGUCCACAGAGAAGUGGUGAGUGGUACAGGAUAGGCGUGAUCAGCCUUUCUUGAAGACAUUCCUAAUCCUUGUGCUCUAACUUAUCCUACAGGAUGGCACUGUUUCCUUUAUCACAAUGAAAACUGCACCUCGUUCAGGUUUUUCAAAGGGAUUCAAAGCGAUAGCUUGUGAUUUUGACCCUGUGUUUGGCUACUUUUGUGCAUGUUAGGUCAAGGCUUUCUGUUUUGACAUUUUUUAACAGAAGGGACAUUGUGGUUUCCUGACUCGUGUGCCUCACCUUGUUGCUGAAUGAAGCAAAACUUCACUGUAAUCAUGAUCAAAAUCAUGCACAGGCCUCCUGCCACAGACAGCGUCCAGCUGGGGUGUCGGCAGGGAUUUCCUCUUUCCGUCACAUCAUUCACACAUCGGAAGUUGAAAACAGGGUUUCCAACACGGAGCUGCCUCCCAAAUCGGCACCUUUUUAUACUUUUGAAAAAUGUGGGUCUUCGCAUCUGGCUUUGAAGAAAGGUCGGAACAGAUACCGGGGACUAUAAGUAUACAAUCCAGGCUGAAGUCCAGCUUCAGCUGCUUCCAUGUUUAAGUUCACUCCUCUUCUUCUUUCAAAGCCACUUGUGAGAAUGGAAAGAAUCUGUUUCUUGGCCAGGCCAGACAUGGUGAACAACUUAUGAAAGGAUAUAUUUGGUGUCAGUCUGGUUCCUCUGAGAUUGUCAGGAGUGAUAAUUACCUCUGGAAACUUAAAGAGCCCCAUGAGCUGUGUGGCUGAGAUUAGAGAGAAAAAAAUACUACAGUAUGGGCCGAGAAAGUUUGUGUUAUUUCAGUGCCUGCACUUACACAAUGCAAAUAUUUAAUUUUGCUAAAACUAAACUAAAACUUAAUAUAAUUUGGUUUAUAUGGGUUUCCCCCUCAGAAAUACAUUGUGGGUCUGUCUCAAAACAUGAAUGAACGUUUCAGUGAACUCAGCUUCAGACACCAGUGUAAUCAAAAAAGCUAACUUCUUAUUAUGAAUAUUACUGUGAAGCGUUGGUAAAUUCUGUUUAUGUAAUUGUUGCUACAAUCUACACAAUUAUUUAUUUAUAAUUCUUGAAUAUGGCAACAAGAUAUACCUUAUCUGUGGUGCAGUGUAAGACCCUCAUAUUGACAAAUGUGUGAUGGUCCAUGAAGCAUGUGUAUUGCACUCCCGUGUUAUGUUCUGGCUCCCUGACCUUCCUGUCAGCAUUGAGUAUAGAAUUCGGAGAUGAUUCGGACACCAAAGUGGUUUAAUCUAAGCACUUAUUGCCCUUGCACACUCAUGGUAUCCCUACCUCACUGCACGGGGAAAAAGCAAAAAAAAACAGCCCAACGUGAUUCUUGAAGCCGCCCUGUUUGAUUCCCAUGCUUGCUUCAAUCAUCCUGCUCAACCUUUUCCCCAACUUUCUGAUGAUGCACUUUCACCCUCUUAUUUGAAACAAGUAAUGGGGGUCUACCUUUGACAAAUGUAAGCAUAUUGUAUUUAUUUCAGAGGACCUAGAAAAUGUUGUUGGUUUUUUUUGAGAAUCUGUGGUUGUUGUUAAAGUACCAAACGUAUUUGCACAGAGAAAUGUUCUUUAUGUGCUGUUUUACAUAGGCUACAUAAACACAUUUCAGUAAUAAAGGAAACAUGACUACC